AUGACUUCUUAGAAUUCAGAGAGAACAAUUAAAAGUUCACAAAAAGACAGGAACCACCUUUAUAAACACUGAAGGCAUCGUGUGGAUUUCAGUCGACGAGUGUCUUUGCUCUCGAGUGUUUGAGGAGGUCCAGCUCUUCGCUUUUCCAAAAGAUGCGUGUGGUUGUAGCAUUUCUCUGGGCGAUGGCGUGGGCAGUGUGGGCGCUGGAGGAGGGCGGUGUGGGCAGUCUUUACGAUCAACACUUUCCACCUCUUCACCCUAAUUGUACCCAGAGUCUUACAGAUCUUCUCCUGUUGCGCCAAGAACUCCAGCUCAGAGAACUGAAGGAGGUCGAGCAAGUGUCGGCAGAGAUCCUGAAAGAAAUCCUUACUGAUAUCAGAAGUUUCUUGACGAGGAACCGAACGUCUACAGAAGCAUCCUGCCCAAGCAACUUCAGAAAAUUCGGCGAAACCUGUUUGUAUCUUCAUAAGGACACCGACUUGACUUGGGAAGGUGCCCGGCUUUUCUGUCAAAACUUGGGGGGAGAUUUGGCUGUAUUCCGAGACGCCAAUGCCCUAGCAGAAGCUCUUGCAUAUACUAAAGGUUCAGGCCUUUCGAGCUCCGCAAAUGUGUGGGCGGGCGGAAGCGACAUCGCAGUAGAAGGGGAGUGGAAAUGGGUGACUGGGGAAGACAUGCCGAGAGGAACGCCCUUUUGGGGAGACUUCAAUUACAUCCGGGAGCCAGUCGGCGCUCCAGGGGAGAACUGUGCUAUCCUACACGGCCCUGAUGGCUUCUUGAUGCAUGAUGCUCCCUGUACCUGGAAAUGCAAGCCUCUCUGUCAAAUAAAGCAAAUUAAACAUUGAUUUGUAAUCCUUUCUGUCCAAUAAAGCACACUCAGACAAGAAAAUGCAAUCUUUUUUUUCAAAUAACCCAUACUAAAAAAAAAAUCAUUACUCAUUGUUGAAAUAGCGGAAUUAAGGGAACGCUUUGAAGAAAAGGCCCAUGCAAUAGGAAAUAACUGCGUUCUGUCGAAAAGCACUUCCCUGUCGUAUUAUAGUUGUUGUCUAUAGAAACAUCGACGGGUAGGUCUACACGAUGAAAAUUAUAUGUGC